AUGACAAAUCCUGUCAGCUUUCUCAGCACAAUUUCGUCCUUUCGCUACUCUAGCCGUCGAUUCAUCUGCCUCGCGAGAAUGCUGACCAGUUGCGUUGUCUUGGCGAUCGCUUUGACUGUGGCGUCCGUUCAUGGCGUCGUUCUGCCCGAACGCCUUUCGGACCGACUGGUUUCGAGCCAACGCGUCGACGAGGCCCUGGAGGUGUGUGAACAGUUGCUGGGGGAGCGCCUGCGCGCCAACCAGAUCCCCAUCAGCACCUUCCACGCCUGUCUGUUCGCAUACGUGAAGAAGUUGGCCAGGGAACUCGACGGUGUUGAACUCGUGUACCCUCGGACCUUCACUUAA